AAUUGAGUGUUGAUUGAGUGCCCAAUGAAUGCAUUGAUUGCCACGUAUUUGAUGUGCGAAUGAAUGCGUGAAUUGUCUCUCAAAACGUAUUAACCAUUCAUUCAAUUCAAUGACAGAUCUGUUUGUUUUGAAUGCAAAUACACUUCAAUACAAGUGUUAAGUGAAGUGAUGUGGAGGUCGUCGUCGGCGGCGGUGGAGGACAACAGUUGUGUGGACACAAGUGGUGCGGAGGCCAGCGAUGGACACGUGUUUGAGUGCGCCGUAUGUCUGGACCGAUGUCUGAAUGGCGUACGACUGGAGUGUCGGCACGUCUUCUGCUACCUGUGUGUGAAGGGAUCCGCACAACAGUCCAACAAUCGGUGUCCCGUUUGUCGCCAUCCAAUCGCUCACAACUACUUCGACAGACCCGACCUCAUCGGUGCCGUCCACUGGCGUCACACCGCGGAUGACGAGCGCGACGACGAAGACAGCAAAGAAGACGGCGGCGACGCUUCCGAGCGGUCGGACUCCGACAUGGAGUGGCAAUACGAGGGCCGCAACGGCUGGUGGCUCUACGACUGCCGCACUUCACGCGACAUCCAUAAGGCAUACAAAGCCAAUGAGCCGUCGCUGGAAGUACUGGUCGCGGGCUUUGUUUAUGUGAUAGACUUGCAGAGAAUGAUUCAAUACAGACGUCUCGAUCCCAAUCGGAUCCGACGUAUCCGUCGACAACCGCUCGAUCCGACCACUAAAGGCGUGGCCGGACUUCGCACUCAAUUCAGUCACAUUUUAUCGCAAACUCACAGCUCUUCCGUCGCCGCAGACAAUUCAAAUGAAAGCCAACCUUUGGAUGGCAGUGAAGAUAGAGGUGAUACACAUGAAGACAAUUGCGGGACACAAUCGACAGACAGAGCCUCAGCCCGAGAGGCAGUGGAUGAGGAGGUGUUGUCGUUAGAGCAGGCAUUCAAUGCCAAUCUCAAUGUUAAUGAUUCUUAAGGACACAUAUCUCGAAAAUAAAUUAUUAUUUAAUAUAUUUUAAUCGUUUUUAUAAACAAAUAUAUAUUUAUUUGAAUUUCAAUAUUUCACUGAAUUAUAUACAC